AUGGAGGGUCUACACGUGGCUGUUAGGGAAACAUGCAUCAAUCCUGUAAUCCAAGGCGUCAAGCUUCUCCAUGAGGUCCCAACCAUCUCGCAUUUGCUAUACGCGGAUGAUGUCAUCUUUGUGGGCAGUUGGGACAUAAGUGGCAUCCAGAACCUUUCACGUAUCCACAAGUGUUUCCCAAUCUCCUCGAGUCUCAAGGUAAAUUUCCACAAAUCCUUCCUAUUUGGGAUUGGUAUUUCAGAUAUGGAACUCCAGAGUAUGGCCCGAGCUAUUGGAUGUCUUAGGAGCCAAUUCCCUUUUACAUAUCUUGGUGUUCCAGUUGGUGCCAACAUGCUGUUAAAAAAGAAUUGGGAACCCGUACUAAAGAAAUUCCAGUCAAAGCUUUCUUCAUGGAAGGCAAAUACACUCUCAUUUUUUGGUCGUUUAAUGCUCGUCAAAUCUGUACUCGGAAGCCUCCCUACUUACUACUUGUCCUUAUUCAAAGCACCUCAAGGCAUAUUGGACUAUCUUGAAAAACUUAGACACAGAUUCUUAUGGGGUGGCACAAAGUGA